AUGGUCCUCUCCCACAAGUCAGCAACCUCUCUCAUUCUUGUCGCCCGUCGGGCUUUCACGGACACCGCCGCCGUCGCCGCCGUUGUGAAGCCUUUCUUCUCCACCGCUGUUGACUGCUUCGCCUCCUCCCUCCGCCCUUUCCCCGACUACUCCCCGAGAAGACCCACCAUUCGCGACGCAGAGCUCGUCCGCGACGUCGCCACUGCCCUCCUCCUCCGGCGGUCGGAGCCCCUCGGCCGCGUGCUCCGUCCCUUCGGCGCCGUCCUCCGCUCCGACCACCUCCUCUGGGUCCUCCCCCACCUCCGCACCGAGCCCUCCCUUGCCCUCUCCCUCCUACGCUGGGCGCAAUCCCGCCGCUGUCCCGCCUCUGCAGAGGCCCAUGCUAUUGCUGCCCACAUCGCAGCCGCCGCCGGACACUGGAAGGCCGCCGGCGAGGUGGUCCUCGACGGCAUCAUCUCCCACAGGCAAUUCGUCGAGCAGGUGAUCUACACAUACAAGCACUGGAGCUCCGAACCAGUCGUCUUCGACAUUCUCUUCCGCGCCCUCUGCGAGAAGGGCAGGCUCAGCGAUGCGCGAGCUCUCUUCCGGCGCCUGCUCAGCCACGGGAUCGUCGUCUCCGCCAGUUCCCUGAACGCUCUUCUGGUCCGGCUUCCGGCGGAGGAGAUGCUCCGGGCCUUUGAGGAGCUCCCUGAAUCUGGGGUUCGGUGGGACCUCGUCUCCCACAACAUUAUCAUCCACAAUCUCUGCCGAAUCGGGAGAGUGGAAGAAGCCCACCAAUUCUUGCAGGUGAUGGAAGAAAAGGGCGGCCAUGUUUCUCCCGACGUGGUGAGCUACAGCACUCUCGUCGAUGGGUAUUGCCGGUCGGGGCAGCUGGAGAAGGCCGCGGAGAUGAUGGAGGAUAUGAGAACCAGGGGAUUGAGGCCCAAUCUGUUCACCUACAGCAGCGUGAUCACCCAUCUCUGCAAGAACGGAGGGAUCAAAGACGCAGAGGAUCUGGUAAAGGAGAUGGGGAGGUGCGGAGUACUUCCAGACAGAGCGAUCUACACUGCUCUCAUUGACGGGUUCUCCCGGGUAGGGGACAUGGCCACUGCGCAAAAGCUGUUCGAGGAAAUGGCGCAGAGGGGCUUAACCCCCGACGUGGUGGCCUACACCGCCCUCAUCCGUGGACUCUGCCAUGGAAGGAAGCUCGAGGGAGCUCAGAGGAUCUUCAGAGAAAUGCUAGGAAAGGGGCUGACACCGGACGAAGUGGUCUACACGGUGAUGAUCGACGGGUUCUGCAAGGACGGGAGGAUGAACGACGCCUUCGAUCUUCACAACCAGAUGGGUCAAGCGGGCCUCGUCCCCAACAUCGUCACCUACACGGCCCUCUCCGACGGGCUCUGCAAGCAGGGGGACCUUCCCGCUGCCAACGAGCUCCUCCACGAGGUAUGCGGCAAGGGCCUGGAGCUGAACAUCUUCACCUACAACUCCCUCAUCAACGGCCUCUGCAAGGCCGGAAACCUGGACCAGGCGAGGAAGAUCGCCGGAGAGCUGGAAGCCGCCGGCCUCUCCCCGGAUGCCCACACCUUCACGACUCUCAUGGACGCCUGCUUCAAGGCUGGGGAGAUGGAUCAGGCCCACGAGCUUCUCCGGGAGAUGCUAGCACGAGGUCUCCGGCCAAGCGCCGUCACCUUCAACGUGCUGAUGAACGGGCUGUGCCGCCGGGGAAUGGUGGAGGACGGGGAGAGGCUCUUGGAGUGGAUGCUGCAGAGUGGGAUCACGCCGGGCGCCGCCGCCCACAACGCUCUCAUGCGGUGGCGCUGCAUGGAGAAGAAGAUGAACGCCGCCAUGGAGAUUUACAGGGGGAUGCUGUCCAGGGGGGUGCAGCCCGACGAGAACACCUACAAUAUUCUGGUCUGGGGGCACUCCAAGGCGAGGAACAUGAAGGAGGCCUGCUACUUGCAGAUGGAGAUGACCCAGAAAGGAUUUCACCUCAGAGGGAGGUCCUGCAACGCCUUCAUCCGCGGGCUCCUCAAGAGGAGGAGAGUGGCGGAGGCCAGGAGCUUUUUUGAGGAGAUGAGGGCGGGGGGGCUCUCUGUUGACAGAGAAAUAUACAACAGCUUCAUUGACUUCAGCUACAGCGAGGGGCAGAUUGAGUUGACCCUCGAGCUCUGCGAUGAAGCCAUGGAGAGAUGCCCCGUGGGUCAAACCCAGCAUGUACGGCCUUCGUCUUCCCCUGAAGAGAGUGAAGAAGAUAUCUGA